CUAGCAUUUGUUGGAGUAGUUGACCGCUAAGUCGAUGAAAAUUUCGGAUAAUCCAUAUUUGGAUACAGCCUGAAAAAUGCUAAUCAGCCGUAUAAUUGCGUUUUGCACAUUAAUGUGGUGUGCUUCCCCAGUGGAGAGUUGGCACAUUAAACCCUCCCCUUCUUUUCAAGCGUCUAGGAAUGGUGUCCAGUCAACGCCAUCAAUUCAAUCAAGUUUGUCAGGAAGGAAAUGCGGUAACGGACUAUUUUCAUGUCUCAGAAGCACAAAGUGUAUACCGGUGUUUUGGGUUUGUGAUGGAUUGCCAGACUGUCCAGAUUGGAGCGACGAAACCAACUGUAGGAAAUCCUCACAAAAGAUUCCGUAUCUAAGCCGUGUUUCAUCGACAUCCUCUCAAGUUUCAUCAUCCCAAGUCUCAGUUUGCCAACACGGAGAAUUCAGAUGCAAUAAUGGCUACGGAUGUGUUCCGUCCAGUUGGUUGUGUGAUGGGUAUAACGAUUGUUCUGAUGGUAGUGACGAAUGGUCGUGGAACUGUAUCUCAGUAAUUUGCCAACACGGAGAAUUCAGAUGCAAUAAUAGCUACCGAUGUAUUUCGUCCAGUUGGUUGUGUGAUGGGGAUGACGAUUGCUCUGAUGGUAGUGACGAAUGGUCGUGGAACUGUAAUCUUCCGUCUCCAAGCCGUGUUUCAUCAACAUCCUCUCAAGUUUUAUCAUCCCAAGUCUCAGUUUGCCCAAACGGAAACUUCAGAUGCAACAAUGGCUACGGAUGUUUUCCGUCCAGUUGGUUGUGUGAUGGCAUGAAAGAUUGCUCUGAUGGUAGUGACGAAUGGUCGUGGAACUGUAAUCUUCCGUCUCCAAGCCGUGUUUCAUCGACAUCCUCUCAAGUUUCAUCAUCCCAAGUCUCAGUUUGCCAACAAGGAGAAUUCAGAUGCAAUAAUGGCUACAGAUGUGUUCCGUCCAGUUGGUUGUGUGAUGGGUAUAACGAUUGCUCUGAUGGUAGUGACGAAUGGUCGUGGAACUGUGGAAUUUCGUCUAUGAAAUUUUCUUCCACGGCAAGUGUACAAGCAUCACAAGUCACUUGUCCAUUCUGGAAGUUCAGAUGUAACAAUGGUUACCAAUGUAUUCACCAAUUUCAUCUAUGUGAUGGAUGGGCCUAUUGCGCCGAUGGUAGUGAUGAAUGGAAUUGCAGACCGUCAAGCUCCAUAGACCCAACUCCGACUUCAAGCAUGAAAGCUAAAACGAGUGCAUAUGGUUCAUUUAAAGACAUUCGAAUUAUUGCUAAUGGUUCAUACAAUGAAGGACGAGUGGAGGUUUAUUAUAACGGCAGAUGGGGAACAGUUUGUGAUGAUUAUUGGGACAUGAACGAUGCUCGUGUUGUCUGCAGACAGCUUGGUUUUCAAGACGCAGAAGCUGCUUAUCAGGGUGGUAAUGUUCGCGAUGGAACUGGACAGAUUUGGCUUGAUGAUGUUGAUUGUAGAGGUUCUGAGUCGUCACUAUUUUCAUGCAGACAUCAAGGAUGGGGGAAUCACGACUGUGGUCAUCAUGAAGACGCUGGUGUUCGAUGUAGAGUCAAUGGAGGAACCUCCAGCUCGAUAAAUCAUUUCUCGACUUCAAGUAUACAAGCAUCACAAACUAUAUGCCAAUAUUGGCAGUUCAGAUGUAAUAAUGGUUACCAAUGUGUAGAUCGAUAUUAUCUUUGUAAUGGUUGGAGAGAUUGCUCUGAUGGAAGUGAUGAAUGGCCGUCGAACUGUGGACCGUCAAACUCCAUAGACCCAACUCCAACUUCAACCAUGAAAGCUAAAACGAGUGCAUAUGGUUCAUUUAAAGAUAUUCGAAUUAUUGCUAAUGGUUCAUACAAUGAAGGACGAGUGGAGGUUUAUUAUAACGGCAGCUGGGGCACAGUUUGUGACGAUAGUUGGGGAAUGGACGAAGCUCGUGUUGUCUGCAGACAGCUUGGUUUUCUUGAUGCAGAAGCUGCUUAUCAGGGUCGUGAUGUUGACGAUGGAACAGGAAAGAUUUGGCUUGAUAAUGUUGAUUGUAGAGGUUCUGAGUCGUCGCUAUUUUCAUGCAGACAUCGAGGUUGGGGUCGUCACGACUGUGGUCAUCAUGAAGACGCUGGUGUUCGAUGUAGAGUCAAUGGAGGAACAUCCAGCUCCAUAAAUCAUUUCUCGACUUCAAGUAUACAAGCAUCACAAACUGUUUGUCGGUAUUGGGAGUUCAGAUGUAAUAAUGGUUACCAAUGCGUUGAUCGAUAUUAUCUUUGUAAUGGUUGGAGAGAUUGCUCUGAUGGAAGUGAUGAAUGGCCGUGGAACUGUGGACCAUCAAGCUCCAUAGACCCAACUCCGACUUCAAGCAUGAAAGCUAAAUCGAGUGCAUAUGGUUCCUUUAAAGACAUUCGAAUUGUUGGUUCAUACAAUGAAGGACGAGUAGAGGUUUAUUAUAUGGGACAAUGGGGCACAGUUUGUGAUGAUGGUUGGGGCAUGAACGAUGCUCGUGUUGUCUGCAGACAGCUUGGUUUUCAUGAUGCAGAAGCUGCUUAUCAGGGUGGUCACUUUCAGGCUGGAACUGGACGGAUUUGGCUUGAUGAAGUUGAUUGUAGAGGUUCUGAGUCAUCGCUAUUUUCAUGCAGACAUCCAGGAUGGGGGGUUCACGACUGUAGCCACAGUGAAGACGCUGGUGUUCGAUGCAAAGUCAACGGAGGAACCUCCAGCUCGAUAAAUCAUAUCUCGACUUCAAGUAUACAAGCGUCACAAACUAUAUGUCAAUAUUGGCAGUUCAGAUGUAAUAAUGGUUACCAAUGUGUUGAUCGAUAUUAUCUUUGUAAUGGUUGGAGAGAUUGCUCUGAUGGAAGCGAUGAAUGGUCGUGGAACUGUGGACCGUCAAGCUCCAUAGACCCAACUCCGACUUCAAGCAUGAAAGCUAAAUCGAGUGCAUAUGGUUCCUUUAAAGACAUUCGAAUAGCUGAUGGUUCAUACAAUGAAGGACGAGUGGAGGUUUAUUAUAACGGCAGAUGGGGAACAGUUUGUGAUGAUGGUUGGGGCAUGGACGAUGCUCGUGUUGUCUGCAGACAGCUUGGUUUUCAUGAUGCAGAAGCUGCUUAUCAGGGUGGUCACUUUCAGGCUGGAACUGGACGGAUUUGGCUUGAUGAAGUUGAUUGUAGAGGUUCUGAGUCAUCGCUAUUUUCAUGCAGAAAUCGAGGAUGGGGGAUUCACGACUGCAGCCACAGUGAAGACGCUGGUGUUCGAUGUAGAGUCAAUGGAGGACCCUCAAGCUCUAUAGACCCAACUCCGACUUCAAGUAUGAAAGCUAAAUCGAGUGCAUAUGGUCCCUUAAAAGAUAUUCGAAUAGCUGAUGGUUCAUACAAUGAAGGACGAGUGGAGGUUUAUUAUAACGGCAGAUGGGGAACAGUUUGUGAUGAUUGUUGGGGCAUGGCUGAAGCUCGUGUUGUCUGCAGACAGCUUGGUUUUCAAGAUGUAGAAGCUGCUUAUCAGGGUGGUCACUUUCAGGAUGGAACUGGACAGAUUUGGCUUGAUGAAGUUGAUUGUAGAGGUUCUGAGUCAUCGUUAUUUUCAUGCAAUCAUCCAGGUUUGGGGAUUCACGACUGUAGCCACAGUGAAGACGCUGGUGUUCGAUGUAAAGUCAAUGGAGGAAACUCAAGCUCUAUAGCCCAACUUCAAGUGAAUGAAGGACGAGUGGAGGUUUACAUUAUCACGGACAUCGGGGAACAGUGCGACAUAGAGGAAGCGCGUGUUGUCUGCAGACUUCAUUUUCAUGACGCAGAAGCUGCAUAUCAGGGUGGUCACGCAGAUUUGGAAAUGCUAAUCAGUAUAAUUGCGUUUUGCACAUUAAUGUUGUGUGCUUCCCCAGUGGAAAGUUGGUGGCACAUUAAACCCUCCCCUUCUUUUCAAGCGUCUAGGAAUGCCAAAACGAGUGUACAUGUUUCAUCUAAAGUCAUUCGAAUAGCUGAUGGUUCAUACAAUGAAGGACGAGUGGAGGUUUAUUAUAACGGCAGUUGGGGAACAGUUUGUGAUGAUGACUGGGACAUGGACGAUGCGCGUGUUGUCUGCAGACAGCUUGGUUUUCAAGAUGCAGAAGCUGCUUAUCAGGGUGGUAAUGUUCGCGAUGGAACUGGACAGAUUUGGCUCGAUAAUGUUGAUUGUGGAGGUUCUGAGUCGUCGCUAUUUUUAUGCAGAAAUCGAGGUUGGGGAAUUCACAACUGUGGUCACAGAGAAGACGCUGGUGUUCGAUGUAAAGUCAAUGGAGGAAUCUCCAGCUCCAUAAAUCAUUUCUCAACGUCAAGUAUACAAGGAUCCCUUUCCUCUAUAAAAGCUAACCCAACUUCAAGUGUAGAAGCCAAAACGAGUGUAUAUGGUUCAACUAAAGACAUUCGAAUUGCUGAUGGUUCAUACAAUGAAGGACGAGUGGAGGUUUAUUAUAACGGCAGAUGGGGAACAGUUUGUGAUGAUGAUUGGGACAUGAACGAUGCUCGUGUUGUCUGCAGACAGCUUGGUUUUCAUGAUGCAGAAGCUGCUUAUCAAGGUGGUAAUGUUCGCGAUGGAACUGGACAGAUUUGGCUUGAUGAUGUUGAUUGUAGAGGUUCUGAGUCAUCGCUAUUUUCAUGCAGUCAUCGAGGAUGGGGGAUUAACAAUUGUGGUCACAGUGAAGACGCUGGUGUUCGAUGUAGAGUCAAUGGAGGAAUCUCCAGCUCCAUAAAUCCUCUCUCAAUGUCAAGAAGUAUACAAGCAUCACAAACUAUAUGUCAAUAUUGGGAGUUCAGAUGUGAUAAUGGUUACCAAUGUGUAGAUCGACAACGUCUUUGUAAUGGUUGGGGAGAUUGCUCUGAUGGAAGUGAUGAAUGGUCGUGGAACUGUGGAUCCUUAACCUCUAUAAAUGCUAACCCAACUUCAAGUGUAGAAGCCAGAACGAGUGUAUAUGUUUCCUCUAAAGACAUUCGAAUAGCUGAUGGUUCAUACAAUGAAGGACGAGUGGAGGUUUAUUAUAACGGCAGAUGGGGAACUGUUUGUGACGAUAGUUGGGACAUGGACGAUGCUCGUGUUGUCUGCAGACAGCUUGGUUUUCAUGAUGCAGAAGCUGCUUAUCAGGGUCGUCAUUUUAACGAUGGAACUGGACAGAUUUGGCUUGAUAAUGUUGAGUGUAGAGGUUCUGAGUCAUCGCUAUUUUCAUGCAUUCAUCGAGGAUGGGGAAUUCACAACUGUCAACACAGUGAAGACGCUGGUGUUCGAUGUAAAGUCAAUGGAGGAAUCUCCAGCUCCAUAAAUCAUUUUUCAACGUCAAGUAUACAAGCAUCACAAACUAUAUGUCAAUAUUGGGAGUUCAGAUGUGAUAAUGGUUACCAAUGUGUUGAUCGACAACGUCUUUGUAAUGGUUGGGGAGAUUGCUCUGAUGGAAGUGAUGAAUGGUCGUGGAACUGUGGUCAAACCAGUUCAUUAAUGCAACCAUCAUCAACAGGACUCUCAAGCUCUAUUGAUCCAACCCCAACUUCAAAUAUAGAAGCUAAAACGAGUGUAUAUGGUUCCUUUAAAGACAUUAGAAUUAUUGCUAAUGGUUCAUACAAUGAAGGACGAGUGGAGGUUUAUUAUAACGGCAGAUGGGGAACAGUUUGUGAUGAUGACUGGGACAUGAACGAUGCGCGUGUUGUCUGCAGACAGCUUGGUUUUCAUGAUGCAGAAGCUGCUUAUCAGGGUGGUAAUGUUCGCGAUGGAACUGGUCAGAUUUGGCUGGAUAAUGUUGAUUGUAGAGGUUCUGAGUCAUCGCUAUUUUCAUGCAGUCAUAAUGGAUGGGGAACUCACAACUGUGCCCAUAAUGAAGACGCUGGUGUUCGUUGUAGAGUCAAUGAAAGACCCUCGAGCUCUAUAAACCCAAGCCAAACUUCAAGUAUGAAAGUUAAAACGAGUGUAUAUGGUUCCUUUAAAGACAUUAGGAUUAUUGCUAAUGGUUCAUACAAUGAAGGACGAGUGGAGGUUUAUUAUAACGGCAGAUGGGGAACAGUUUGUGAUGAUGAUUGGGACAUGAACGAUGCUCGUGUUGCCUGCAGACAGCUUGGUUUUCAAGACGCAGAAGCUGCUUAUCAGGGUCGUGAUGUUAACGAUGGAACUGGACAGAUUUGGCUUGAUAAUGUUGAUUGUAGAGGUUCUGAGUCAUCGCUAUUUUCAUGCAGUCAUCGAGGUUGGGGGAUUCACGAAUGUGGUCAUUAUGAAGACGCUGGUGUUCGAUGUAGUGUCAAUGGAGGAACGCCAACGUUGAAAACCACAAUACCAACGACAAGUUACUGUUUGCCCUGGGAGUUUCAAUGCGGGAAUGGCAGAUGCAUUAGUAGAAGACAAGUUUGUGAUCAAUACAAUGACUGCGGGGAUGAAAGUGAUGAACACCUCGUAAUUUGUCGAGCAAAUUUAAAGACAUGUCAAAACAAGUUGGAUCUUGGUUUUAUGCUGGAUAGUUCUGGUAGUGUUGGAUAUGAUAACUUUGAGCGAAUGAAAGGAUUUGUCAAACAUCUUACAGACUUUUUCAAACUUGGCCGUGACCAUACCCGUGUGUCUGUGAUGUCGUUUUCAGACAUUCCAAGCAUUCCCAUUCCGUUAUCGAGAUAUUUUUCGGAUAAAAGUCAGUUUGAUAAUGCUGUGGACAGAAUUAAGUAUAUCAAUGGUGGCACCGCCACAGCAAGGGCUUUAAAUAUGGCAUAUAAUGAAAUGUUCAGGUCAGGCAAUGGAGCCAGAGAGCCAGAGUACAAAAAAGUUUUGAUAAUCUUAACAGACGGGCGCAGUAGCUCGGGACAGGUUGGAGGACCAGCUCGAAAACUGAAGAACUCUGGCGUUGUAAUAUUCAGUGUCGGAAUAGGAUCGGGUUUAUCCCUGCCCGAGCUACAAGAGAUGGCAUCGGAUCCAGUUGAUCACCAUGUUAUCACUUUAAAUAAUUUCACACAACUGGCAGGUCUUGCCGAGGAAAUGUCUUCCAAAACAUGCAAUGCAUCUCAUUUCCAAGUGUUUUGUGACAAUAACUACAUGACAGCUGUAUUCCACCGAGGAGAUCUUCCAAAACACGUCAACAUCGACAAUCUGUAUCUUCGAAGCCGAAGUCGAUAUUGUAAAGCCAGCUAUAACUCAACUCAUGUCAUUGUAAAAACCUCGCUUACUGGUUGUGGAACAGUGUUUUCGAAAAACGAACAAACACUUUUCUUUACCAAUGCUCUUUCUGAAGAAAGACGUGCUCGUGGUGGAUUUGGGGUAAUUGCGAGAGAUAAUCUCUUCAGCGCAAGUAUGACUUGUGAAUAUUCUCGGAAACAAACUGUUGGAUCUCUCAGUUUUGCCCCAGCAAAAGAAAAAGUGUUCGUGAGCUUGAACGGGAAAGGCAAUUUUUCUCUGACAUUUGAUGUUUUCAAGAGUAGUGAUUUCCGACAGCCAUACACUGCACAAGACUUCCCGAUAUUCAAAUCACUGUCAGAUAAUCUUUAUAUUCAAUAUUCUGUAAACACGAGCAACUCAGAUCUUGUCGUGCGUGCAAAAACAUGUAGAGCUACACCCACGAACAGACCUUAUGAUAGUCCACAGUAUGUUUUCAUUGAUGACGGCUGUGACAAAGAUAAAACUAUCCACCACUACACCAACAGAAUGGAUCGCAUCCAGCGUUUCAGUAUUCAGGCUUUCCGUUUCGUGUCUCAGAACCGCAUUGUCUAUCUUCAUUGUGAUCUUGUUGUCUGCUACAAGUAUGAUUAUAACUCCAGCUGCUCUCGAAAUACUUCAUGUCCACAACGUUAUCGUCGCGAUGCUGAUAAUAAACGAUCAGAUGAUAUAUCAGGAAUGUAUGCGCUGUCGUUUGGUCCAUUGGUAAAAGAGAAAGAGUUACAACACAAGAGGGAAAAGGGUAGCUCCGAGUUAAACGCCACGCUGUUUGGGUCCAUGGUCGGAUUUGGUUGCCUGAGUAUGGUUUUAUUUGUGGGCUUGGUGUUUGCGAUCAAGCGAGCUCGCUCGAGAGACAGAUAACACUGGAAUACACAGACAGGUUUAACCCCUUAAAUAAAAAUUAAAU